AUGGAUGUGAGUUGAAAGCAGCACUUGGAAACAGAGGACCAGUAAUAUGACUGGAGACAAAAGGUUAUAAGAAACUGUAACUAUAGUCACAGUUACAAAGAUGAAUAAUGAACUUGGAGACUCUAAGCUCUAGUUGCAAAACAGAAUCCAGGGAAAUAUUUCUGACCAGGAGCUGAGUGAGCAGAAAUUCCAAAGGGGGGGAAACGAGAGAGAGAGAGAAAGAACGAACCCAAUAAAAGGCUGGAUUUUUGCCGCACUUGUUUUGGAAGAUUAUGGAUAGGCACCGAGUGCUACAUUUAUGCUCGCUGAACACAGCCCUCUUGGUGCUUAUUUGGAUUGGCAUCUCCAAAGCUCAGAAGGAUUGCACAGGUGUGGAGUGUAAGCAGCUGGAAAAUUGCAUUGAGGAAGUGCUUGAGCCAGACGAGUGCUGCGCCUCUUGUCUCCAGCAUGGCUGCACCUGUGAAGGCUAUCAGUACUAUGACUGUGUGAAUGUCGGUUUCAUCAACGGCAAGGUCCCCGAAGGGCAGUCUUACUAUGUUGACUUUGGAAGCACAGAAUGCUCCUGUCCCAAAGGGGGCGGCAAAAUCAGCUGCCAGUUUAUGCUCUGUCCAGACCUUCCGCCCAACUGCAUUGAUGCUGUUCUGCCCGCGGAUGGGUGCCCUCAGUGCGGGAGAAUCGGCUGCCUCCAUGAAGAGCAGAAAUACGUGGCAGGACACACGUUCCACAUGCCUCCGUGCAAGGUUUGCCACUGCCCCAAUUCUGGAGGGGAUCUCAUGUGCUACCUGCUCCCAGACUGUAAUGAAUCAACAUUAAACCCUCAUAGCCCAUCAGAUACUGGAGACACCGAACCAGAGCGGCACUAUGAUGAUUCCUACAGUUAUGACCAGGAGGCACCAGAAGGAGACACCACUCAGGUGGAGCCACCUAAAAAGUUCUACAGUUAUUCGGCUCAUACUGAGCAAGAGAGCAUGGGCCAAGAGCAAAGUGAGGAUUAUGAUUACCUUGCAAGCAGCAGUGUUACUCCUCCGUCAUUAACUCAUCCUGCUUCAACAACAGAAACUUUGCCACCGAUGACCACAGUUGCUCGUGUUCUGCACUACCCUGAAACUAGUCACGCCACUGAAAAGAGUGAGGAAAGGAUUUAUACGACAAGCACAGUAUCAACCCCCAAAGGACAGCAAAGGCAUCAUCCAACAACCAUUGCUAACAGGAUUAGAAAGGAACAAGCUGUGGUUACAACUGAGAGGCCCAGAAAUAUGGCAGGUGUGGAGAGGAGGAAGCCAGCCAACAGGGAGAGGAAUGAGCAAGAAGAAAACGCCCGCUUCAAAAUCAAGCUAAACAUGAAGAAAGACAACAAGCAGAAAGAAAACAGGUUGUUGGUCUUACAAGAGUCCAAUAUGACUCAAUCGCAUGGGCUAAACUCUUUGCAGGAGAAACCUGAGGAACUUGAGUUCCCCAAGGUCAAGUUCAAUCCAACACAACCUUCUCCCAUUGCACUGAAAGAAGACAACAAUAGGAUAUCCUUAAAACAGCCUCAGACUCUUUAUCAUUACACAUCUGAAGAGGACAUAGAUCCCAACUCUGUUCAGACUUCGUCCAAGUUAUCAGAAGGUUCAACAAAAGAUUUAAUUGAAACUUGCUGUGCUGCUGGACAACAGUGGGCUAUUGACAACAAUGAAUGCAGGGAAAUCCCUGUAAGUAGAGCUGAUGGCGACAUUUGCAGAAUUGCUCAGAAGCAGUGUUGUGUCUCGUAUUUAAAGGAAAACAGCUGCAUUGCUGGCAUGAUUGCUGCCAGAGAAGGUGAAUUGUGUGCCCCGGAUGAAAGUGAGACCUGCGGAGGAUCGUUUUAUAAGCAAUGCUGCGAUUGCUGUGCGUUGGGCCUACGAGUGAAAAGUGAAGGUCAAAGCUGCGAGUCCAACCCCAAUCUUGGCUACCCUUGCAGCCAUGUAAUGCUUUCCUGCUGCGAAGGAGAAGACCACCUCAUCCCUCCAGAGCUAAAGAGGCACCCUGAACCACUGCCAACAGUGACACCAGAGAAACUUUCAGAGUUUGAGGAUCACCAUGAAGCCUUGUCGAUCAGUAAUGAAGCCGAAUUGUCAAACAGCUUACCUGGAGAUGACUUGGAUGAGUGUCUUGCCUAUCCUGGAGAGCUCUGCCAACACCUUUGCAUCAAUACAGUGGGAUCCUACAAGUGCUCAUGUUUCCCAAGAUUUACUUUGCAGGACGAUGGACUCAGCUGCAAUCCAGAUUUUGAAGAAGAUGGACCAAAUACUGCCUUACAGGACAAAGCCACUAUUGCUCCAGAAGCCUUGAAUAUCCAGCCCGCAACCAUCAACAAAGAGGAAGAGAAGUGUAAAGAUAAUGGUCCCUGCAAGCACAUAUGUAAUACUUUGGAAGGGGCAGUUGUGUGCUCUUGCUCACCUGGAUAUGCUCUGAUGUCAGACGGGGUUUCGUGUGAAGACCUGGAUGAGUGCCUUACAGGUAUUCACAGUUGCUCCAGAAGACAAUUAUGUGUGAACACAUGGGGAUCAUUCUACUGUGUCAACCACAGUGUUAUCUGUGCAGAGGGCUUUGUACUCAACAUGCAUAGAAAAUGUGUUGAUAUUAAUGAAUGUAUAACAGACGCUCAUACCUGCAAGAGAGGGGAGCACUGUGUUAACACAAUUGGAUCCUUUACAUGUCUUCAGCAACUCAACUGUGAAUCAGGUUAUGAGCUGAAGGAUGGUGAAUGUGUUGACAUUGAUGAAUGUGAACGAGGAACCCACAGCUGCAAGAUAAACUUUGUAUGUCAAAAUACAAAAGGAUCGUUCUUUUGUGAAUCAAAGCAGCGGUGCAUGGAUGGAUUUUUACAAGAUCCAGAGGGUAAUUGUGUUGAUAGUAAUGUUACAUCACUUACGGAGCCAUGUAAGGCUGGUUUCAACUGCAAUACUGUUGGGUCUUAUACUUGUCAGAGGAACCUCUUAGUGUGUAGCAGAGGGUAUCAUUCGAGUGAAGAUGGAGCCAGAUGUGUUGAUGUUGAUGAAUGUCAAACCGGCGUACACCGCUGUGGCGAGGGACAGAUUUGUCACAAUCUACCUGGAGCUUACCGCUGUGAUUGCAAGACCGGAUAUCAGUAUGAUUCAUUCAGCAGGACCUGCAUUGACACAAAUGAAUGCUGGAAUUAUCCUGGCCGACUCUGUCAACACUCAUGUGAAAAUACUCCUGGAUCCUAUCAUUGUUCCUGUUCUACUGGCUUUCGCUUGGCAUAUGACGGGAAGCAUUGUGAAGAUAUCAAUGAAUGUGACAACAAUCCAUGCAGUCAAGAAUGUGCUAAUAUAUAUGGUUCCUAUCAGUGUUACUGCAGGCAAGGCUAUCAGUUAGCAGAAGAUGGCCAUUCUUGCAAAGAUAUUGAUGAAUGUGCACAAAGUGCAGGUAUUCUGUGCACUUUCCGCUGCAUGAAUGUGCCUGGAAGCUAUCAGUGUGCUUGUCCUGAUCAAGGAUAUACCAUGGCAACAAAUGGAAGGACUUGUCGAGAUAUUGAUGAAUGUGCAAUGGGAACCCACAAUUGUUCCUCGACCGAAUCUUGCUACAAUGUUCAGGGCAGCUUCCGGUGUCUUUUGUUUGAGUGCCCAGCAAACUACAGAAAAGUGUCUGAAAUGAGAUGUGAGCGUAUCAACUGCUUUAACUAUGUGGACUGCCAAAACACUCCUUUGCGAAUUACUUACUAUCAGCUUAACUUCCAAACUAACAUUGUCAUCCCAGCGCAUAUUUUCCGAAUUGGUCCCUCGCCUGCUUAUGCUGGAGACAACAUAAUCCUCACAAUCAACAAAGGAAAUGAAGAGAACUACUUCAGCACCAGGAAGCUUAAUUCCUACACAGGGAUUGUCUACCUUCAGCGGCAAGUGAAGGAACCCAAAGACUUUUUGUUAGAUGUUGAAAUGAAGCUUUGGCGUCAAGGAACCUACAUGACCUUCCUGGCUAAAAUUUACAUCUUUAUCUCUUCUCAUGCCUACUAAGGCA